AUGUCUGCUGAAUGCACCCUGGAUAUCAAGGACCCCCAGGUCCAGAGAGCAACCAUUCACAUUCAGGCCUCUACAGGGGCUGCAGAGGAACUAUGUGAGAAGGGGCUGCCACGAGUGCUAGAGCCACUGAAGGAUGCAGUGUUGAUGGAGGGCAGCCCAGCCCAGCUGACUUGCCAGCAUUUCUGCUUUCCCGACCCAUUCAUCCGUUGGAGCAAUGACAUCAAGGAGCUACGAGAAGGGCCAAAGUAUAAUCGCCAUGUCUUCAAGAACCCUGACGUAGUCACAUUGUUGGUGCGCGAUGAUGAGCUGGCAGACCUGGACCAGUACAGCAUCAAUGUAAUCAACCCCUUCGGCUCCAACUCGGCGGGAAUCCUUAUAGAAGUCCCGGCGAAGAUUCAAAAGGGAUCGGAUAACACUAAGGCGCGCAAGGGUGCCACGGUGACGCUGACUGCGGAGAUCAUGGGUGAGCCUGCGCCUGUCGUGGGUUGGACCAAGGAUGGGCAAGACAUAGAGGAGGAUGACAGGGUGUUCUUCGAGAUCGGUAGUACCACCACGACGCUGACCAUUUGUUGGGCCACGCCCGAGGACCGCGGCAAAUACGAGGUGUACUUGGAGGACAUGGACCAGAGCGUCUCUCGCUUGGACGUAGCCUGAAAGGGACCUUCAGGCCUUUCGCCCUGGCUCUAAGCCCUGGGGUGUGU